AUGACGGAUCGUGCUCGUUUGAUCUCGGCUUUUGUCACUCCUUUUGGACUAUUUGAGUGGAAUCGAAUGCCUUUUGGUCUAAAGAAUGCGCCCCAGAUUUAUCAACGCGUGAUCGAUAACGCGCUUCUGAAGAUCACGGGCGGAAGUACUACGGAUGUAUUUGAGGACGGGGAACCGGUGGAUCCAGGUAGGCCUUCGGUGCUUGGUCGCAUAUCAUAUAUCGAUGACAUCCUGAUCACCGCUAAUAGUGGGGAUCAACUAUGUGAUCGAGUCGAGGGGUUGCUCGAAACAUGUGACAAAUGGAACCUGUCGAUCAGCGUGGUUAAAAGUUUCUGGGGGAUGCCCAAGGUGGAAUACCUUGGACAUAAGGUCUCGCACAACGGACUGGAGGCGAAUCCGAAAGAUCUGUCUGCAUUAACUGAUCUAGCCUUUCCAGGAUCACUCAGAGCUAUGCAAUCAUUUCUGGUGAGUCUGAACUAUUAUAACCGAUUUAUCGAAGACUACGCGAUCUACGCGUCGGUUCUGUACGAAUUGCGAGAAAUCGACUUUGCUGCGAUGGCGAAAGAGACGACUCAAGGGCGGAUCCAACAAAUACUGGAAACAGAAGGCGUAGAUCCAAGAUCACAGGAAGAUCGGGAUGUCGACCACCAAAGAACUUUGGAUCCGGAGGCGCCUGAUCCUAUGGAGGUAGAUCCACGUUCGAUCCAUGCCCAUCGAUCCUUCGACGUGCUCAAAACCAGGAUCGCUACUACCCCGAUCUUACGACAUUUUGACCCAGAGAUGGAGGCCAUAGUGGUGGCGUACGCUAGUGAUUGGGCCAUCUCGGGAGCACUGAUGCAGGAACACGACCAGAUCUACUAUCCUGUGACGUUUUCCAGCCGUACUCUGAAGUCGAAUGAGCUGAAUUACGGCAUCGCGGAGAAGGAGGUAUUAGCCCUUCUGAGGAUCCUGGAUCUCAACUACAAUACGUUGGUCGGACGUCCAAUCUGUGUGUUAACCCGACACUCUACAUUGGCGUGGCUAUUCAGAUCCACGGCCUUACAAGGACGUUUAGGACAAUGGGCGGCCCUGCUGUCGCCCUGGACACUUGAGAUCACCAAGUGUGUCAAAGGAGAGGACGAGAUCUUGGGAGCACUGGCAGCCAGUAUCACUCCUAGAUCAGAAGUGGAUAAGGCGUUGAUCUCGAUCGCGCCCAAAAAGGAGCCAAGACGCAAGAUCCAAGCUCCGAUCCCCACCAUCUGA